GCAAAGAAAGUGAAAUAAUGGAACAAGUAAAGAAGCAGCAUCCCCAAACACGAGUUUUUAUCUUGUUAUUGAUUAUCCUAUUGUCUUUAACAAGCAAAUCAUCAGGAUCAUCAUCAUCGGAGUCAUCAAAAAAUACAAAGCAUCACUUUGUUCUAGUGCAUGGAUCGUGCCACGGAGCAUGGUCGUGGUACAAGGUUAUUACACUUCUCAAAUCACGGGGUCACAAUGUGACUGCCUUAGACUUGGCAGCUUCAGGGGUCAACCAAAAGAAGGCUUCGGAACUUAAAUCAAUUUCUGAGUACUUUGAACCUCUGACUAAGUUCAUGGCUUCAUUAGUGGAUGAAGGUCAAAGAGUAGUUCUUGUUGGUCAUAGCUUUGGUGGCUUUGCCAUAUCCUAUGCCAUGGAGCAUUUUCCUCACAAGAUUUCUGUGGCUGUUUUUAUCACUGCUUUCAUGCCGAGUCCACUCAACGUUUCCACCGUCUAUCAAAUGGAUUGGAAUCUAGCAAUAACGUUGAUGAGACCAUUUAGAUUAUUCAGCAACGAAGAUGUAACAAAGGUGCUAACUCUAUCACAUGCAAAAUACGGUUCUGUAAGUCGUGUUUAUGUUGUGUCCGAGAAAGAUGUUUUGAUCACUCCAAAUCUUCAACGACGGAUAAUUAAAGACAAUCCUCCAAAUCGUGUGGUUGAGAUUGCUGGAUCAGAUCACAUGGUCAUGAUGUCCAAACCGAAAGAUCUUUACCUGCAACUACAAUCCAUUGCUGCUAAUUAUGAUUGACUGAAUAUAUAAUUAUGUUCUAUACAAAUAAUAUAAUACAAUACUCCAAUCCUUGCUAUACAUUACAUGAGUCAUGUAACAAAUAAAUGAA